AUGCAAGAUGAAGAAACAUACAUGACCUUGAAUAUACAGUCGAAGAAAAGGAGUUCUAUCCAAACAUUUCAAUUUAAAUGUCAAGACUGUUCUGUGAUGUCACACCGAUAUAAAAUCUUAUUGGGGAUAUCUGGAGGACUAAAUGGUAUUCUAGUUUUGACUUUGAUCACCCUGAGUCUGUUAGUUUCUCAGGAAGUACUGCCAAAAUGCCUAAAAGAAUAUGAUUCAAACAUCACCCAGCAUGAUGAUACUGGAUACUUGGAAGUCAAUAGUGACACAAGAGGCAAUAUACAUAAGAAAGAUGCAGGCCACUGUGUUUCAAGAGCUACAGGUCAUAAAGGAAUGUGCUCAUCAGAAUGGCUGAACUAUCAAGAAAAGUGCUAUUGGUUCUCUAAUGAGAUGAAAAGUUGGAGUGACAGUUAUAGAUAUUGUUUGGGGGAAAAAUCUCAUCUAGUAAUUAUUCAGAACCAACUUGAACUGGCUUUUAUACAGAAAACUCUAAAACAAUCAAACUAUGUGUGGAUUGGGCUUAACUUUACUUCCCUGAAAAGAACAUGGACCUGGGUGGAUGAUUCUCCUUUGGAUUCAAAGAUAUUUUUCAUAAAAGGACCAGCUCAAGAAAAUAGCUGUGCUGCCAUCAAGGAAAAUGGAAUUUACUCUGAAACUUGCAACAGUGUUUUCAAAUGGAUUUGCCAAUAUUAA